CCUCAGUCACAACAACCUAAAUCAAUCAACUAUGCGUUUCUCCUUCCUCGCACUUGCGCUUGCCGGCUCGACCGCCCUGACAGCCGCAGAGAGCGAAUACGACCGCCCCGAUCUUACGGACACAUACUGGGACGUGAGCAUUUCUACACAGUCCGGUCGCCCAGGCUAUAGCAUCCGCGACUUCAACGCUACUUUCCAUUCAUCGAUCACCAAUGCCAUUGAGGGAAAGUGUCACUACAGUUUCGUGCCGCAGGGUACCAGUGCGCCUGCCGAGACGGACGAGUGUAGCACGGGAUUGAAGUAUGAAUGGGACUUAAUAUGCGUUCGCAAUUGCGUAUCAAGAGGCAUUUUCUGUAGAAGCAAAAUAGCGCUCCGCAGCUGCCGUUUAUGUUUUUCUUUGUUAUACCGCCGCAGGGAGCGACAUCACACUAAUGUCGCAUCCGCACACUGCGAAAGCAUGGCAACUAUCGGCGAUACCAUGGACUUUAACAGUAGCUCCGAAUCACCUGGCAACUUUGCUACACUUUGUCGUUUGUCACCAUACAGCACAAUGCGGGCCACGAAGGAUAAUGUCUUCCAAAUCGCAACGUCAUUCCUUGAAGUGUUCGACAAACUCUCAGCAGAGGCACAUCUCUCCCUGCGUGCGGAUAUUUGUAUGCACAUCUUCGCCCCAACCUCCCUCGGUGUGCCAACCAAGAGCAAUGAGGAAUUUGCAUCUCACCUGACCAACAACAUCAUUUUCCAUCUUCGGUAAGAUCACCGGUUCUGCGUACAUCAAGAGCGGAAAAAGAAACGGCGCACUUCGUACACACAUUAUUUCUCUCCUCAACCCUACUCGGGGGUUGGGUAAAUUGAAU